GGGCCUCUAUUUUCUUUUAGUUUGGGCCUAUCUAUUUCUUCCUCUUUCCUGAUCUGAGCAGUGAGCAGAGAGGGCUCUCUUCCGGAUUCAUCAGCUCGAGCUUCUGCAGUACGAUAAUGGCUGAAAAAGAAUCUGAGUACGACGGUACUUCAGACUCGAACCAGUCUGCGAUCAGUCUUUCAAACUCGAAGAUCAGUCGACGCACCCUAGCACCACCGCCUACGCCUCCGCUGGUGGUCUUGAAAUCACCUGCUUUGGCGAGCUCGUCGAUGACGCUACCUUCCACUUCCAAAUCAUUCUUUUCCCUAAACAGCUCUACAAAAUUUGGUGACUUGUACGCAGCUGCAUCGACACGAGCCGUAAGAUUAUAACCUUCAAAUUUUAGGGAUUAAUAAUUGAUAAUGCAUAUUGGUUAAGUAGUCAAUGUUUUGAUGAUGGAAAUAGAGCAAUACGGUCGUUGUGACUUCCGUUAUUGGAGGUUCUUCAGAUAACACUGGGUCUGGAAUCGCUAGGCGAUUAGGUGAAUUUUUAUUAUUGUGUUUCGUUUGGUUUCUUUUGAUUGUGGGCUAAAUGUAAUUUUUGGUUUCCAUGGCAGUGUUAAAAACUGGUCUUAAUAUAAUUUUUGCUUGCAA